GGGGCACCGGUUUCAAAGUCGCAGGGCGGGCCGAGUGGACUUCCGCUGCUUGGCCCGGGCUUCUCGGCAGUCCUGCAGUCGCUCCCCGCUCCGCCAAGGACGCCGCCACCCGGCUGCCCGCCAGCGCUCUCGGCGCUCUCCUGAGUGGCCCAACACGACCCCGAGUGACCCGCGGGACGCCUGUACAUCCCUGGUCCCACCUGGCUGGGAUUCGGGUGAACGUGGGACAGAAUUCACCUGGCGGGUCGCCAGCAAACCUGAAAUCUAGUGUCUCGCUUGAGCGAGGGACUCGGCUGGGACUCGGGAGAAGGAGGUGCGGCGGGGCUGUUGACGCCACGUGAGUAGGAUGCUGAUUACACCGCUCAACUGGUAGACAACCUCCGAAGCGUUGCUUUAGAUUUGUUUUCCCGCACAGCGAGCUUUGUGCCUUUUUAGGAAAAGUAAAGGUGGUGAAAGCGUCAAACAAAUUGUAUCCAAAUGGCCACAGAAAUCGACUUUCUGCGAGAUCAGAAUCAAAGGCUAAAUGAAGUUCUUAGACGGUAUCAAAUGGAAAAUUUUUUCAAAUAUUCAUCGAUACAGAAAUCUGUCUUCAAAGGAGUUGCAGGUGACACAGUAGAAAACUCAGUAGUUGACCAAAGCUUUUUAGUUCCUCUUAUUACUGAGUAUGAUAAGCAUCUGGAAGAGCUAAAUGGGCAGCUGAAAUAUUAUCAGAAACAGAUGGGUGAGAUGAAACUACAACUUGAAAAUGUCAUCAAGGAAAAUGAAAGGUUGCACAGUGAAUUAAAAGAUGCUGUUGAAAAGCAAUUGGAAGCCAUUCCCUUUGGCACAGAGAUGGGAAAUGAGAUAUGUACAGAUGAUGAAACAGUCAGGAAUCUUCAAGAACAACUACAACUGGCCAAUCAAGAAAAAACUCAGGCUGUAGAACUCUGGCAGACUGUUUCUCAGGAGCUGGACAGACUACAGAAACUUUACCAGGAACAUAUGACUGAGGCCCAGAUUCAUGUAGUUGAAAGUCAAAAACAAAAGGAUCAGCUGACCAAUUUUCAACAACUGACCAAGCAACUUCAUGUAACUAAUGAGACCACAGAAAUGACUAAUCAACACUUUUUGAAAACAGUAACUGAACAAACUGUGGAAAUUGAGCAACUCCGAAAACAACUUAGGCAAGCCAAGUUAGAUCUGAGAGUUGCAGCAGCAAAAGUGGAAGAGUUAACUAAAGUGACGGAAGAUCUUCAAGGACAGAUGCAAAAGAAGGAGGAGUAUAUGGUGUCUGCCCAAGGAAGAGAGGAAGCAUCAGAUAGGCGCUUACAGCAAUUACAAUCUAGUAUAAAACAAUCAGAAACAAGGUUAUGUGUGACAAUCCAAGAAGCUACCCAAUUAAGAGCAGAAAAAAUACAUUUGGAAAAACAGACCAGAGACUUACAAGCAAAGUGCUAUGAAUUAGAAAAUGAGAAAUACGAAGCUAUUGUAAGAGCCAGAAAUAGCAUGCAACUCCUAGAAGAAGCUAACCUUCAAAAAAAUCAGGCUCUGCUUGAGGAGAAGCAAAAAGAAGAAGAUAUAGAGAAAAUGAAAGAAACAGUUUCUCGGCUUGUGCAAGAUGCUGCCAUAAGAACCAGGAAGGAAGUUGCAAACACAAGAAAACAAUAUAAUGUACAGAUUUCUCGACUAACAGAAGAACUUUCAGCCCUUCAAAUGGAGUGUGCUGAAAAACAAGGCCAAAUUGAACGAGGCAUUAGGGAGAAAAAAGCAGUGGAAGAAGAACUAGAAAAGAUUUACCUUGAAGGCAGAAUAAAUGAAAAUGAUUACAGAAAACUAGAAGAAAUGCACCAAAGAUGCCUGGUUGCCGAACGUUCAAAAGAUGAUCUUCAGCUAAGACUUAAGACAGCAGAAAAUAAAAUCAAACAACUUGAAAUAAAUUCCUCGGAAGAGAUAUCACGUUGCCAAGAAAUGAUUCAGAAACUUCAAAAUGUAUUGGAGUCUGAGAGAGAGAACUGUGGAUUUGUCAGUGAACAAAGGCUGAAACUUCAGCAGGAAAAUGAACAGUUACAGAAACAGACUGAGGAUUUAAGAAAGAUUGCUUUCGAGGCUCAAAAAAAAGCCAAAUUAAAGAUCAGUACGAUGGAGCAUGAAUUUUCAAUAAAGGAACAUGGGUUUGAAGUUCAGUUAAGAGAGAUGGAAGACAGUAAUCGAAAUUCCACGGUUGAACUGAGGCAUCUCUUAGCAACUCAGCAGAAGGCAGCCUGUAGGUGGAAAGAAGAAAUGAAGAAACUCACUGAGAGUGCGGAAAUUAGAAUCAGUAGUCUAAAGAGUGAGCUGAGUCGACAGAAACUUCAUACCCAAGAGCUGCUUUCUCAGCUGGAAAUGGCAAAUGAAAAGGUAGUUGAGAAUGAAAAGUUGAUUGUAGAGCAUCAAGAAAAAUCCAACAGACUUCAGAAACGACUAAGUGAGGCGGAACAGAGAGCUGCUUCAGCCUCCCAGCAGGGCUUGAUAUUUAAUGAAGUAAAGGCGUUAAAACAGGAAUCCCCAACCCCUGGAACUGGGCCGCACAGCAGGAGCUCAGUGCGAUUACAGUACAGAGAAGAAAAGCAGCCUCCAUGAUGAAUCUGGAAAAUAUUUAAAAAUAUUCAUAGUUCACUCACAGAACUUUAUACUUGGGAAAGCUGUUGGACUAGAAGUUUAUUAAAGUGGUAAAACCUGCAUAGAAUGGUUAAGGCUUGUGUCGUUUUGCAUAAGCAUUUUCCAUUCUGUUUUGAGGGUUAUUGGAAAACAGAACAGCUUCCUGUAAGUAAAGAAAAGGUAAUCCUAUAUUGAGCUUCAGUAGAGAAUAAAGCCAGCUGGGAAGAACUCAUUGCCUUCAUCAACGUGUCUAUUUUUUAAUUCCUCCUUUUUCCCUUGGAAGAGCGUAACAGUUUUCAAACUAUGCUAAUCAUGAGAAAGAGUUUUAAGAAAUUGCUUGAAUUUUAAUAUUUCAGGUUUCAGAAUUUGAGAAUUUUACAUCUGUUACUCGUAACUCAUUUUUAAAGUUCCCAAGUAUCCGUUUUAUUAUUAACUCAUAUGUAAUAAAUUAUGCACUUU